AUGGACAACUCUAUCUCUGCACAACGCCUCCAUAAGUCGCAGGACGGAUUCCUCGCGUCUCUGGGAGUGGUCGCCGAGCAACCCUUUUGGGUCACGAACGGGGGAUUUUCGCAAGGAUCGUACCCCGACAUGAGCACCGCACCGGCCAUGGAGCAUGUAACAGGACGAUACGAGACGUCAGCAUUUUCCGUUUGGCCGGCAGAUGCGACGCGCACCCAAGAGACCCAUAUGGUCUGGACCGACGCACCCUCUUUUGGCAACUCUUCCUACACGAGUUCCUUCGACCCGCGCUCCUUCAACCACAUCAUAACGCCUGCAUCCGGUGCCUCAGGCAGACAAUGGACGCCCAGCAUGGGUAUAAGUCCGAUCUUUCUGCAGCAACUUGGCCCAGCGCAGGACGACGCAGGCCACCAACACUGGAUGCAGCACGGAGAAACCCGUUUCCCCGAAACUCCCGUUGGCGACUGGCACCCACUGCCAGGGUCGAACAGCCCUGAUCGAUCGGUAAAGCUGAUCCAUCCUCAGGGUGUGCCAGCGGCAGCUCAAUCUGGCGGGAAUCUCGGUAAGUUACAGCAGGCGCCGCAGCCGAUUGUCAGCGCAAGCUCGAGCACGCCGGGGGCCUCUCUGAUGCCUCCGAACGACUCGGAGGCGGCGUACGUGACGUGUAAGUGGGACGGCUGCCGCACCCGUGUCGACGCCACGAAGGACGCGGUCAAGGCGCAUCUCAAGGAAGCGCACCACGCCGACUUUCCAGCACACUCCAGGGCGAAGGACCGCGGGGCGAAGAGCGGCUGCAAGUGGAAGAGGUGCGCGCGCAGGUCGAUGAACAACCUCUGGCGGCAUGUGCUUGAGAUCCAUGCGCGCGUCGCGACGACGGUGCGGUGCGAGAAGUGCAUGGCGACAUUUACGCGAGCAGAGUCGCUGCGCAGGCAUCUCCACAGCCAUGCCUGUCGUACUGGAGCUGACGAUCCUGAUGCAUGAAUACACGAGGAUUGAGCUCGUGCCGUUUCAAAGAAAUGAGCUGAACUUGCUCUACCCAUAUCUACUUUUUAUGACCUUACUUUACUGUAUGCGCUGGUGAGCUGUCGCUUUCUGAUCG